CAAUGUUUAUUACUAAUAUUUUGAGGUUAGAAAAAGAAAAGUCGUCGGUAAUCGGCAUAAAUGUCAAUUUAUUUCAUUUAUUGAUUUAUUUAUAAUUUAUUGCUUGAAAAUGGUACAAGAAAAACCUUGCCGCACUUGUACGGAUUUCCAAACUUGGGCAAAGUUACAAAAAAAGACAUAUGACUCUGAAAAAAAAGUGAAGAGUGACGAGAAAAUAGUAGUUGCACCUCGAAAAAAUUGUCCUCUCGACAAGGACGAAUUGGGAUCAAGUACUUGGGCAUUUUUACACACAAUGGCAGCUUACUAUCCGGAUUCGCCAUCAAACGAACAACAAAAGGAUAUGAAAAACUUUUUCUACAUUUUUUCGAAAUUUUAUCCCUGUGCACCGUGUGCUGAAGAUUUACAGGAACAAUUGAAAGUAAAUCCUCCACAAACAGAUUCCCAAAAUCAGUUAAGUCAAUGGCUAUGUAGGAUUCAUAAUCAAGUAAAUAGAAAAUUAAGUAAACCCGAAUUCGAUUGUAAAUUAGUUAAUCAAAGGUGGAGGGAUGGUUGGCUCGAUGGUUCGUGUGAUUGAAAAAAAAAAUAUGAAUAACUUAGCAAAAUGCACAAAAAUUCGUGUAAAAGUUGAAUUUUUUAAUUUGUCAUUAAUUAUUAAUUACAAAUUACAAAUUAUAAAUUAUAAAUUAUAAAUUACAGUAGUAGAGUACAAGAAUAGCGAACGAAUUCGCGCCUACAAAGGCACUUGGGAGAUAAAUGUAAAUAUUUUUAUUACAAAGAGUAUUUUAUUAUAACAUUUCUUAUGCUAUUCUAAAAAAAAGAGAAUUAUUCUACAUUUGAAAUGUUGUCGAUAUGAAUAUUUAAUAAACGAAUUUUAUUUAUCGAAAUUUUCGUUCUUUUGCAGAAAUAUUUUUUCUUAAAAAGAAUGUAUGUAUCAUUUUUUAACUAAUAAAAAAAAACUUCUAGGAAGUUAAUUUUAAAAAUGAAAAUGAAGAUUUAUCGAAAUCAUUUUAGUGUAGUUCCAAGUUUGCUUGAAAAAUGUUGUCAAGAAAAUGAAAUUAAAAAAAGAAUCAUGAAUUAUUUUACAGUUAAUAUGAAACUAACGAAAUCUAGCGUACAACAAAGAUUUUAGUUUAAUACAAAAAUAAAGUCGAUUUGUUUAACUACAUUUCAAUUGUUAAGUUAAAAAGCUACUAUUGAAUGUUUAAUGUAAAUAAAAUACAAUUUUACAUUUAA